CACUCGUCCCUCUGAUUAGAUAACGUACUAUGUGAGUGGUUUGCUGUUUUUUCUCCAAGGUUUAUUCGACGUUCCAAGAUUUUUGACAUCUUUAAGACGAUGACUAUCGGUAGCAGGGCCCACUUUCUAGCAGUGUCCCUUCUCCAUUUGAUCUGUGUGUGUUACCCCUGCACCUGUCCCUACAAGCACCCCCAGACGGCUGUCUGUGGGGCAGACUGGGCACUACUAGGGACAGUUCAAUCAUCUCAGAAUAUCACAGGAGACGAUGGCAAAGCGAAACACAAAUACGAAAUUUAUAUUAUUAAGGUCAUAAAGGAUAAAACAUCAAAACUUAAGCACAAAUCAGUUACACCGGUGAUCACCCCGCUCGACGAUUGUGCAGUCAACAUACAGAAAGAUUCCAGGAGUAUAUUUACAGGAAGCUUUGACGGGCUUGGCUAUGCUACCAUGACCAAGUGUGAUUGGCACGAAGAUUAUACUGAAGUCCCUAAAUGUCAAAGAAGAAAUCUGUUUAAAAAAUUCUAUCAAAAAAAUUGUGGGUGCAUUGUGUGUCUCCCUGGUGAGUGCCCCACGGACUCCACCCCUCACUGUGUCCUGCGUUCCUCUGACGACUGUGACAACAAACACAGUCAUUGCGCCUUGUACCCUGGUUGUAACAAGUGCUCCUGGAGACGCUGUUUGUCCUACUAUGACUGCCAGGACAGUCAAGAACCUGUGUCAAUACAGGACUUUGUGUUAUAGUACCAACAUCAGCUGACGGACAGGUAAACUACCGUAAUCAACACGUGGACAAGGUAUGGAGCUCCCCUGUGGUGGGGGACAACAAAUCGACCCAAGGAUCGAGAUGCAAUGAUAGUGGGUGACUCUACCGGGCGAUCCUGGCUAGCUGAUGCAAUGUGAAUGUGUUCUCAUAGGGUGCAUUGACAAUCCUUCUGUUGUUGUAUUUAUUCUUCGAUUUUGUGAAAUAAAUUGUUGUUUAUGUGAAAAUUUUCACGCAAAUGUUUAACAUUAUGAAAAUGUAUGUAAGAGAAUAUGAUCAUUUUACAAAUAAAUCACACACUUGU